AUGCAUGUGACUUCUGGGUUGUCUCAGAGGCUGCCAGACGAGCAAAGAGGUGAGGGUAAGGAGGGAAGGGAGUAUGGACUGGAGUUAAGGGAGGAAGGAGGGAAAGAGGUGGUGCAUGUGGUGUUGCUGCAUGAGAUGGAUGUGAUUAAUAGCAAGACACAUGGGUUCCUGGCGUUGUUUACGGGGGAUACGAGAGAGAUUCGUGCUAAGGUGCGGGAGCAGACAGACAGCAAGGUGCAAAAGUGGCGGGAGGAGGGCAAAGCGGAGAUCGUGCCAGGAGUUCUCUUCAUUGAUGAGGUAAGGGAUGACGUUCACGUUUCCUCUCCUUUCCCCUCCUCUCCCUUCCUUUCCCCUCCUCUUCCCUCCUUUCCCCUCCUCUUCCCUCCUUUCCCCUCCUCUUCCCUCCUUUCCCCUCCUCUUCCCUCCUUUUCCCUCCUUUUCCUUAAAUUCCCCUCCCCAUCCCUCCUUUCCCCUCGCCUUCCCUCCUUUCCCCUCCUCUUCCCUCCUUUUCCCUCCUUUUCCUUAAAUUCCCCUCCCCAUCCCUCCUUUCCCCUCGCCUUCCCUCCUUUCCCCUCCUCUUCCCUCCUUUCCCCUCCUCUUCCCUCCUUUCCCUUCCUCUUCCCUCCACUCUCCUUCCGUCCCCUCUUCUCCCUUUCCUUCCCAUCCCCUCCCUUCCUCUCCACCCUUCUCCACCGCUCUCCAUCCUUUUCCACCCAGGUGCACAUGCUGGACAUUGAGUGCUUCUCCUUCCUCAACAGGGCUCCUGAGGACGAAAUGGUGCACAUGCUGGACAUUGAGUGCUUCUCCUUCCUCAACAGAGCCCUCGAGAACGAGAUGGCUCCCAUACUGGUUGUGGCGACCAAUUGGGGCAUCACCACGAUCGAGGAACCAACUACAAGGCGCCACAUGGCAUUCCGCUGGACUUCCUCGACCGCCUGCUCAUCAUCAGCAUUGAGCAAUGAGCCGUGCAAGGAGGAGGAGAGCAAGGAAAUCAUUAAGAUUCGAUGCCUAGAGGAGGCAGCAGACACUUCCUCUGAUGCUCUGCAAACCGCCCCUCUGUUCCUCCCCCUUUUUUUUCAGCCGUACAAGGAGGAGGAGAGCAAGGAAAUCAUCAAAGUCCGAUGUCUCAAAGCAGCAGCAUAA